AUGGUGUCCGUGGUGAUUAAGCAAGAGGAGCGUUGCCAACUCGUGGUGUGCCGUCACGGCCAGGACCAAGCAAGCGGGCAGAAGUUCGUGUUGAAGCCUGGCGACUCAGUUCGCUUUGGACGUAGUGCCAGGGGCAACGAGGUGGUUCUGGACUAUGAGGGUGUGUCGAAGCACCACGCGGAGAUCACCUUACGGGAGAAGCUGCCGGAGGAGGUGAUCCUGGGCUCCGAUGUGAAGCUGCCGACCAUGCUCUCCAUCCGUGACUUGAACUCAAAGAACGGCAUCGGCAUCCGCAAGACUCCCUUCGAGCAGGAGAGUGUCCCCACCAUCGGCUCCUUCGAACGCAUGCAAGCGGCGACGUCACAGGUCGUCGAAGAUGGUUUCUGCAUUAUGAUCCCUGCCAAAAGUCGUCACGGAGACAAACAGAUGUCCGUGGAGCAGCGCAUCAUCACCUUCUAUGUGAGUACCGUAAUGAUUGACGUGGGGAUGCCUGGGUGGUUGAAGGCCUUGAAGGAGCACUGGAUCAUGGUCCAGGUCCAGGACAGCUUGAAGACAGCAGCCGAACUUGGUCAGUUGGCUGUGUGUACGAAGAGGGAGGACCUCGAGGCCAUGGGCCUGGUGCACGGCCAUGGCCACAUCGGUCAUGGUGCUCCGCGCGUGGGCCGCGUGGAGCACUAUGGGGACCACGGCGAAGCGCAGGAGGAGUGCGAGGACGUAGGUUCCGUCUGCUUCGAGCCCACGGGCAAGAGCACGGUGCAAACCUGGAAGUGGGUGGGCGAUGGACGGGGCGCGUACGAAAAAGUGGAGAACUUUGCCUUUGUGGGGCAAGGUGCAGGGAGCUUUGAACGGCGCCUGGAAACGCAAUAUCCACCAACUGGUGGGAGAUUUUGCCCCCGGUGGUGCUUCGGCGCUUGCUGUUGCGGAUUGCUCGCAGGUUUCCUGAUCUUCCUGAUCAUCAUGUUCACCCGACGGCAGCAAGCAGAUCCACUGCUGGAGUGUACCAAGGAGAUUGCCAUGAUGGACCUUUGGUCUGAGACGAAGAAGGCAUUUUGCUGCGCUCACACCGGCAGAUAUGGCUGUCCACCACAACCACCUCCCGUCCCGGAGCAGCGGCCGCUUCCGCGGCCGCUUCCGCGGCCGCCGCCGCCGGUGCCCAGCACCCCACCGGGCCCGGACUGCUUGAGUGGUAGCAUUUCGUCCUGGUCGAAGGGGAAAGCUGCCUUCUGCUGCAAGCACGUUGGCCGGGGGUGUCCCUUGCCGGUGUCCAUGCCUUACAACUGUCACGCCCAGCAAAUUGAGACUUGGGCGAUUGGCAAGAAGCUUUGGUGCUGUCAGAACUACCAGGUGGGUUGCCCACACUAUGCCCCGACCCUUCCGUACGACUGCGAAGCAGGAGCCAGCAAUUGGAAGAAGGGCUGGUCUUCGUCGAAGCAGGCAUGGUGCUGCAGCCACAACCAUGUGGCAUGCAUGCCAUCGGUGCCAGUUGUGACGCCUUCCUCCAUGCCAUACGACUGUCAUGCAGGGUAUAGCAAUUGGAGGACGGGCUGGUCUGAGCCCAAGAAAGGCUGGUGUUGCGACCAUUUCAAGAGAGGAUGUUCGGAUGACCCCUACGACUGUGACGCGGGCUUGUCCAAUUGGCACGUCGAGUGGUCGGAAGGGAAGAAGUUCUGGUGCUGCGAGCAUCGUAGCAAAGGGUGUGAGGCGGCUUCCUCACCCUACGAUUGCUCCUCAGGCUAUAGUAGCUGGCAAAGCACUUGGACACCCGGAAAGAAGACCUGGUGCUGCGAGAAGCAGCAUCGUGGUUGCCAGCCACACCACUGGAUCCACAAGCCUCUCUUCGAUUGCCAAGUGGGUUAUUCGCAGUGGAGUGAGGCUUGGACACCAGCAAAGAAGACCUGGUGUUGCACUCACCGGAAACUGGGUUGUGCUCCAGCGGAGAAUUACGAUUGCAAUGCUGGAUUCACCAACUGGCGUGCUGGCUGGUCGGAUGACAAGAAGUCGUGGUGUUGCGAGCAUGCUCAAAAGGGCUGCUCCAAGAUGCCAUACGACUGUAAUGCAGAGUAUGCGAAAUGGAAGGAGGGCUGGUCCACGGCCAAGAAGGCCUGGUGUUGCCAGCACUUCCAGCGUGGCUGUGGCAGUGGAAGCUCGAGCUACGACUGCAAAGCAGGCUUGUCCAAUUGGAGGGUUGGAUGGUCUGCCGACAAGAAGUCCUGGUGCUGUACUCACGCGGGCACUGGCUGCAUCUCUCAUCAGCACCACGUGGUGUACAUGCACGUGCCCUCGCACGAGGUCUAUGCAGGACAUCCACUGCCCUGGCGGGCGGGGCACGACUACACCACUGUCCACACCUUUCACCCGCUGAAGCAUGCGGCGCCCCACACGGCGUCGACCGGUGCGCACGGUGUGCACGGAUCGACCGGUGUCCAGACGGCUGUUCAUCUCCCUACGAUUGGAGCGCCGUGA